AGAGUGUCAUUACUGUCAUGAUUCAGGUCAUUGGAAAAACGAAUGUCCGGUUCUCAGGAAAAAGGACAAAUUCAGUACGCGUGAUUACGUUAAAUCUAAGCCUACGGCGUUAGCUGCGCCUGUUUCACAUCAGUUCACUCAUGACACGUGGUCUCAGGCGCAGGUGAAAGUCCAUAUUCACCCAGGCUAUUUACCUUUCAUUAUGGAAGGUUUUGUGUCUAUAUUAGGGAGUAAGGAAUUGGUGCCAGUGAAGAUCUUGAGAGACACAGGUGCCUCCGAAUCGUUUGUGUUGGAGUCUGUGUUACCCUUUUCAGCUGAGACUGAUUCGGGGAAGAGUGUUCUAAUUAGGGGAAUAGGUUUGAACACUCUUUCAGUUCCAUUACAUAAAAUGAUGUUGGAUUGUGGGCUGGUAAAAGGUGAGGUUGUUGUGGGGGUGCGUCCUUCAUUGCCUAUUGAGGGUAUUGACGUUAUUCUUGGGAAUAACUUGGCUGGUGAUCGUGUAUGGCCUGUCGUGUUCCCAUCUCGAGUUGUUUCCAUAAAGCCGUCAGUUGUUGAAAUUCCAGAUGAGAGUGUACAGAGCUCCCCAGAGAUGUUCAGUGCGUGUUCUAGGAGUCGUGGUGAACUGGUCACUGUGCCUACUAAUGAGAAUACCACAAAGAAGUAUGCCACUGCUUUCCCUGUUAUUCCGUUAUCUGUUACCCACUCAGAUCUAAUCAAUGCGCAACGGACUGACCCCACAUUAGAAGAGUUGCGUAACCAAAUUGUGCCUGUGGACCAGUUGGGAGAUGUCGCCCAUAGCUAUUUUCUCCAAGAGGAUGUCCUGAUGAGAAAGUGGGUGUCUCAUGGUAGUCGUUUUCGGGGGGAGGCGAUUAGUCAGGUUGUGGUACCAGUAAAGCUUCGUGAGUUGGUUUUGACAACUUCUCACAAUGGUGUUGCUGGACAUAUGGGUGUGAGAAAAACAUACCAUCGCAUAUUAAGACAUUUCUUUUGGCCUAGAUUAAAGAGGGAUGUCUCUGAUUUCAUCAAAACUUGUCACACCUGUCAAUUACCUGGCAAACCUAAUCAAGCUAUUAUGCCGGUACCACGGUUUCCUACUCCUGUACUCAGCCAACCUUUUGAGUAUUUGAUCAUUGACUGUGUGGGUCCUUUGCCUAGUGCAAAAAAGGGUAGAGUGAAAUGAGUAGUCUGUUACGUUGGGAAGUGGCUAUGAAUCGUUGGGAAUUGUUUAAAAAUUAAGGACCUUGCUCUUUCCGUUGGAGUUUGUAGCUGAUGUGGUCUCGUGCGCCCUGUUCUUGAAUGGUUGUAUUGUCUGGUUCUGUCUUUACUGUCUGUUCCCUCCUGGUCUUUUAUUCUUCUUUCCUCUUAAAUGUUGCUUCCUAUGCACUAAGGUUGCUGAGGUCUGGGGACUCUUCUUUCCUCUUAAAUAGUGCUUCCCGUGCGCAAAGGUUGCUGAGGUCUGAGGAGGUUGGCUGGGGUAAAUUGGAAGUGUGCACGUAAUCCCUCAUCAAUUUGGGACGCAAGUGCUGUGUCAGUUGGGACGCAGAGGUCGGUAUGUUGUUCCGGGGUCCUUGUUGGUCCCCGGUUUUAUGGGGGGGAAUGUGACGACCCUCCCUCUGUCUACCGUUUUCUCUCUCUCCUUGCUCUUGUUUCCCUAUUAGGAUGCCGGUGGGCGGAGUUGGGAGGGUCGUCAGCUACAUGGGGAACACCUGGGCCCACUCUCCCAGGAUAAAAUCACCACUUCCCCAUUCAUUAAGGAGACUCUCUCCAGGCAGACAUUUUGAUAGAUUCGGUUAUGUUUCAUGGUGCUACCUAGUUUCGUUAUAAAAUAAAUAUAUUUUGUUACCCCUG